AAAGCAUCUUGUGUCAACUCAUCUUGCAGUAAAUGCACAACGCACAACAAUAAUGCUUCGUUGAGACCCACAUUCAACUGGAUGCCUUUAAUACAACGUCGCUCCUACCGCGCGAAGUCUCUUUUGUUAUCUAUAUAACAAUGGCACCACUUCUGGAAGAUCCUCGCAUCCGACAAACCUGGAACCAAUUCUCACAGAAUGCGGAACAUGCUACCGAAAAUGCUGCGGCAGGAAUAUGGAACUUCCAGCAUAAAUAUAUAAACCCCUGCUUUUCGACCAUCGGAAGCGGCUUUGAUGCAUGCACAGCUCAAUGUUUUCCAGGACAAGAAGAAAGGGCGAGGAGAUUAAGAGAAAGAGGGCGGACAAGAGGGCGCGCAGAACUUAGUUUCGAUUUUUAUGACGAUUGGGAUGAAGAUGAAGGGCUUUUGGGAGGCUGGGGAAAUGAUGAACUGGAUAGGUUAUUGGCGGGAAGUGGAUCGCACUCUGGAAAUGUUACUGAAGCGCCGAAAAGGAAAAGAGGAAUGAGUUAUGGGACACGAGGAAGGAAGAAAGGAUUAGAAAAUGACCCUACAAUUAUACCAAGUACAAGUGCUUUAGGAUUUCUAGGACGUUUACCAUGGAAAUUAGGAGGAACAUUGAGAUAUAAACCUAGCGCGGCAGAUUUGCAAGAACAUCCUGGAGCACAUCGAUCAGAUUAUAAUGGGGUGGGCGAGGAAGCAGAUGCAUUGAUGGGAGACGAUCUUGACGAUGAAGCGCGGGAUUUCAUGAGAGGACAUGCGAGGAAUAGGAGUUCGACACAAAGUUCAGGAGAGACUUCGGAUUCAUUUCGAUCGAGAGGAGAUCUAUUUCCGAGUGAUGAAGAAGAUGCGGUACCUCUCAGUGACGAAUUUGCCAUGGUACUUGAAAGACGAAAUACAAAUUCAGGCACGGACGAUAAGAGUAGUGGAAAUACGCGAAGCAGUAAAGGCAAGAGGCCUGCACAGUCAAGAAAUGUAUCACGAACUACACAAUCAUCAUCACAAACAAUACGACCGAGAGGAGGCGGUGCAGGCUCGGGGACGUCGUUGCCAACCACGCCAGACAUCUCAGGUCUCGACGUGACCGCCACCCCAUCAAUUGAGGAUUUACAACUGGAAGAGGAAAGAGUACGUUUAGAAGAGGAUGAAGAAGUGGAAAGGAAACGACAGGCUGCUUUACUAUUAGCGCAAGAAAGGGGUCUCUAUGUAGAGGAUACAGUUGAACCUGUUUCCUCAGAGCCAAAGCAGGAUAUAAAGACAGUGGAAGAUUCAUCUUCGCCACCUGCCGAAAUAGCACCAGCCAGUGAAUCGCCUUCAGCUCAAUCACAGUCACAGGGUAACAAAGAGUUAUCGGAAGGAAAGGUUAAUGAUAAUAACAAAGAAAAUGAUUUUGUCCCUGCGAGACUACCAAAUUUCCGCUAAUAUCGUUUACCGGAAAUCGCUACUCUACCAAGUUCCGAAGAAGUCAUCCAAGGCGGAUUUGGCGGCCACGAUCCCACAUUUCAAUGGUUUAUCAUUAGCUAAACCAGAUUUCUUGCUGCUUGAGGAUUUGAUUCAAAAUACCCAGUAUUUCUCAGACGUUUUGUCUCCCGGAGAUAUGAAGUAUUACAGAAUAGAUUUCAUGUUACUUUGCAUUGGAAUGGAUACGUGGGCCCAAACUAGAUGUCCUAAUAGACUUUACGGUUCCUGGCUAUAUGCCUUCAGAGGAGACUUUGUCUCAUGGAAGUAUAGAUAUGGAAUUAGGCGACUACAACGUCUCACGUUCUAUGGCGUGCAGAAGAUUGGAACGAUCAACCCACGAUCUAAGGACACCAAUAAACUUCGAUGAAUAAUCAUGACAAUGGCUGGAAUUAAAUUGGUGGAUUGUGGUACAAGGAGAUGAAGUACAGGAAAGGGGGUAGAUAAAUUUUCCAUGGUAGGCGAUAAGACAAGCGGUGCAGACAGGCGUUACAAGGCGGAAAGACGAAAGAUAUGCGAAGUGCUCGCUAUACUUGAAUGAUGUUGAUUUUAUGACGAUUUGAUCAUCACAGGAGUUUGGGUUUAGGUUUAGGCUUGGGAUGGGAUGGUGUUUAUUGUAUGAAUCGAAUACGGGAUAUCUAUAAAUGCUAUGAGUAACAAUAGGGCGGUCUAUGAUUUCUUUUCCAUACAACAAUAUACGGUGAUGAGAAAAGGUUUGUUGGUGGCGCCUGUUUGAAGACGUGAUUAUAGUUAUUUUUUAACUUUCUACUUUACUCGAGGCCAAGUAGUUAUCUUUGACAUAAUCAUGAUUGCACAUCUAGGUAGAUACUGUGUACUGGAAAUAAAAAUCCGGAAUCCAAUGAU